CUUUUAAUUUGACAACGGUGUCUCCCAAAUUUUCACCCUCGUUUCCGUUAUCCUCCACUGUCCGUUAGCUGGGAACGGACGGUUUUGGUCAGUGACCUACCGUGACCCCUUAUCCGUGAAAUGAUAAGAUAAAUAAAUCCUACAAACAUGGAGGGCGAUAUCUGUGAUCCGGACAGGGCCGCAUAUCCUAGGAUUUUCCCACCCCGCGAGGCCGGGGAGAGCGACCACCAGCCGUUUGAACGCUGCGUGAACUUCCCGGUGUCUGUGGUUCUUCCAGCCGCUGGCACCGGAGAGAGAACCGGACUGCAAACACCGAAACAGUUCUGCUCGUUUCUGGGCAGACCGCUUAUAAGCUACACUAUCCAGGCUUUCGAGAGGGUGUCAUGGAUCCAGAGCAUUGUGGUUGUUGUUCUAAAAGAAAACAUGGCCCUGAUGACCGACAUCAUCCAGCGCUUCCAGCACAGGAAGGUUCGAGUGGUCCCAGGUGGCUCCACUCGUCACAGGUCCAUAUGCAGCGGAGUCCUGGCCUUAGGUGAGCUGGAGGGGGAGGAGAGCCACGCAGCGGUCCAACCAAAGGUGGUCAUCAUCCAUGAUGCUGUGCGGCCUUUUGUGGAGGCGGACUUUCUAUACAAGAUAGCCAUGGCUGCUAAGGAACAAGGGGCAGCGGGGGCUAUCCGACCUCUUGUUUCGACGGUGAUAGCCACCACAUCGGAGGGCUACCUGGAUCAUUCUCUGGACCGAGCCAAAUACAGAGCCAGCGAGAUGCCUCAGGGAUUCACAUAUGAUGUCAUCUAUCAAGCCUAUCAGAGGUGCACUGAGUCAGACUUCGACUUUGGCACCGAGUGUCUCCAUCUGGCUCUGCAGUACUGUGGCGUCAGUGCCAAGCUCAUCGAGGGUCCGCCAACACUGUGGAAGGUAACAUACAAACGAGAUUUGGCUGCUGCAGAGUCCAUCAUCAAAGAGACUCUGUCCCGGUCAGCCUGUGUUGUCACAGGUGCAUCAGCACAAGCUGUGACCCUGGCUGGCACCCUCCAGAAGGCUGCUCGAACUUGGGACAUGGAGCUGAAUGUUAUCCCGGAUCUGAAGGGGGACAAUGGCAGCUAUCUGUUAACGGAGUGGAACUUCAUCCUCGUUUCUGGCAGUCUCCCCUGCCUGUCUGAGGUGGAGGCCAUCCUGACAGAUUUCAAGGCAGCAAAUCGAGCUCCUCUGCACCCAUUCGUCAUCGUUUGGGUGCAUUUGAGCAGUUCGGAUGAGCUGUCCAUCAGCAGGACGAUGGCAGAGCAAGUGGCAAUCAUGGACCUGGCUUCAGCAGCCAAGCUCCAAAAUAUAUUCCUCUAUGGCAUCCAGAUUCAUCAGUCAAAGCUCCUGACUGAUCACGCUGAUGGACCUAUGCAUCUUCCUGAGAUUAUAUUGACAGCGCUGUGCUAUGAGCUGCAUUCUGUUACAGAUGUACUGGCCCAUCUCCUCAUCGCCUCAUAUCAGGGACGAAGCCACAGAAUGAUGACUUGAGUGCAUGAUGAAGAACAACAGGAAAGCCUCUAGGUUUUUUAUUUCAGUCAAUUUCCUUUGAUUCUUCUCAAAUCUGGCCAAUUGUAAAUAUAAAACCAUGUUAAGAAAAGACUGGAGAUGCUGAUGCUGAAUGCCUCUGAGCCCAUUUAGAUUUUUUGUUUUCAUCCCUCCGUGUUGUUUUAAUCAGCAAGAGGCUGGAAUUGCUGAUCUGUAUUCCAGGGCCUCAGCUCCCCCUUUAGUUGGUGGAAAAUCCAUGUCAUCAGACUCCCCUCCGCUGGUUCUGAUUAAGGAGCAGCGCUCCAGGAGUUCUGGAUAGCAGGUCUCUCGCUCCUAUUAACCACGGUCAGGGUCGCUUCCACAUUUUGUCACAUUCCCAUCCCUGCAACCGGGCCGUUAAAAGGUGGCCGAUGGAGUUAAAGGGCCGAGUUAAAGCAACCUUAUUUCUCUCCUGUUGAGCCUACACUGAGAUCCACGUGUUAAACUGCUGAGAAGCAAAAUGCAGUUGAAAGCCAGAUCUUUAGAUUUACUAAAUUAGAUGUUGCAGACCACAAAUCAUAGGUAUUUGGCAUUUCAGUGGUAUUUAGCCUCUAUGAAUGUUAGACCAUUAAAAGCUUUGUGAAAAGCCUUCUUAACCCUUUUUAUUUUGUUCCCCUCUAAGAGAACCUGCUUUGUGACUGGUGGCUGAUGAAAUUGGUUGUAGAUGUAAAGGGAGAGUGUCAGAUUUGUUGGUGUUCUGGUGAAAUACAUGUGGAAGAGGGCUGAUUUUUUACCAUGCUCUGUCUUUGAGCAUGAGCUCAUUUACGUAGAGAUUAAGUGCAUAAUAAAAGUAAUUUUAAAACCAGUCAGUGUGAGCCAGAGACAUUCAUAAUCGUAGUUAAUUAGCUGAUAAAAUCUCCAGUUGACAGUUUUAUUUUUAUUACACCUUUAUUUUAUUUCAUCAUUUUAGGUGGCAAAAUUGAUUGUCAGCUAGAAAUGGGAGUCUGUUUUUAUCUACAUAUUCCUGAACUCAAGGAACCAGCUGUGAAUGUAAAACAGUUUGUGUUAUUGCCUAAACCAAAAUCUAUCCCAGGCCUUUCUGUUUUCCCUUCGCAUGGCAAUUCAUCCUUUCGUGUGUUCUCAGUAGUGUAUACUGUAUAUUUAAAAGUUUCACGAAAUAAAAAUCUUUUUUAUAUUUUCCCCUCAUGCAU